AUGAAUUAAUUAGAUGAAUAUGACCCGAUUGGCUUCUAAUAAUCUUCAAGUCAAAAUGGAAAUUUAGAUUUUGAAGGGAAUGUUAAAAAUAUUUAAACAUCUGCUAAUCACAAUAAAAGGAUAAAAGAAAAUACAAAAAACACUUACAUCAAAAAAAUUAGUUCGUUAAUGAAAUUAUCUCCGACAUAAGAAAAAAUUGAAGAUAAAGGAAUGUAAAUAAAAUGAUUAAAUAACGAAGGCCAGAAAAAAAGUUUCUAACUAAACAAUUUUAAAGUCAAUAAUAAUUUAAUUAUGUUUCUCAAACAGAAAAGGAGGACAAGUUAGCUAAAAAUAGGGAAUCAGCUAGAAAUAGUAGAAAAAGAAAGAAAAUUUAUCUUGAAUUACUUGAAAAUAAAGUAACCAAAUUAUCAGAAUAAUUGGAUUUGUUUAAAGAUGUUAAUGAUAAAACUUAUAGUUUGGCAUAGAAUUUAUAAAUUAAAUUAACAUAAGUAAGCAAUAAUAAUACAUUUAGAAAAAAGAAUAAGAUUAAACUAAAUGUAUUUUAUUUAACAAUCUUCAAACGUCAUUAUAAAAUAAUGCAUCAGAAGCAAAUGUAGAUUCAAUAAUAGAUUCUUUAAAUGUAAUAAAUUUUUAAUUUAGAAAAAAUUUGGUUCAGCUUCUUAAGAAAGAUAAUUUUUAAUUGAUCAUUAUGCAAGAUAGAUUAAUGAAAAUUGUUUAGCUCCUUUUUGCAAUUAUAUUAUUUAGAUAGCAAAAAAACAAGAUGAUAUAUUUUGUUAAAAUGAAUAGUAAAAAAUCUAGAAUUAUAAUAGAAAUAUAAAUCUUAAUUUGUUAACAUAAUUGAAAUUGGCAGAUAAAUAGAAACAAAUACUUUUGAAAAAGUAAUAAAAGUUAGCAAAGCAUUACCAAGAUAUUUCUAAGUAUAUAUGUAAAUGAUAUUAAAGUUCUGUUACUUAAAUAAUGGAUACAAAAUCUUAAAUUUAAAAAGAGCUUGCAUCAUUUGAUUCUACUCUUGAUUAAUUAAGAACUGAAUUAAGACCAUCAUAAGUUGCGAAAUUACUUUUGGCAAUAGAAAAGAAAGAUAUGCAACAUCAUUUUAAAGAGUCAUUUGAGAAAUUUUUUGGUCAUGAUAUAGAAGAGGAUGAUUCUUUAGAUUUAUAUUAAUUUAUGACAGAGCGAAACUAAUGUAAUUCUUUAGGAAUAGACAUUUAAAAUACCUAUGAUGUAUUUAGAGCCUCUCAUGAUUUUCUUUUUGGUAAAAAUGAAGAAUUAGAAAAUAAUUAAAUAAAUGGUAAAGAUAUUUGA